UCGUGCAGAGAACUUCAGGGCAGGGAGACAAAACAACAAACUUUGCGAACUGAGCUCUGGGCAGCAGGCAGGGCGGCUGGAGAAGUCUUCUGAGCAGGCUAUCUUCGGCCCCUGUCAGAAUCAGAGAUGACACUCGGACAAGCACCUUAAAAGACACAAAAGAGGGAAGCGCGUUGAUGAUUGCCUCUGUAAACUCUGCGUUGGCGAGUUGCCCGGUGUGGUGCUGCAUACAGAACACAGCGGUGUUUGUUAAACCCAGGCUGGGAAACCAGUGAUGAAAACUCUGGAAGGAAGAUCCAAGAACCCCAGGAACUCUCCUGAAUAGCGUUAGAACUUUGAUCAAAUGCAACAGAAUGCAGUGAGUGGACUAAAGUGAGACAUUCAGCUAUGCCUUUUCGUGUCCCUGGAAACAGACGGGGGAGUCUUACAAAUCACAAAGGAAAAUAAAUAACUUCACCCAUGGAGGGCAAGAGACAGCUGGAGAAACGAGACUUUGGUAAAAGGUUGUCUCUGGAUAGCAGUCUUGUGGACUACAUGGACUCCAACAAAUACAUUGAUCAUCUGCUAACUCAACUCAGGGAGCAACACAGAAGCCUCUGGCGGGAGAAGUUGGCUGUGGCCAGACUGCAGCAGGAAGUUGCCCAAAGAACAAAUGAAGGGGCCAUGCGUGAGAAGCUGAUCCAUGAAUUGGAAGAGGAGAGACACUUGCGCCUUCAAAGCGAGAAGCGGUUGCGGGAGGUGACCCUGGAGUCGGAGCACAACAGGGUCCAGAUGCACAGCCUGCAGCAGAGGUUCUCCAGGAUGGAAGAAACAGUACGAAAUCUAUUGCAGAGUCAAGCAUCUCCAGAGCAGAAAAGAGAAGAAACUGUGAAUAUAAUGGUCUACCAGGAGAGACUGUCGGAGGACGAGAGAAAGCACCAGCAAGCUUUAAGUGAUCUUCACCUUCAUGUGGCAGUAGAUGAAGAUUCGCGGAGUGAAAGCAGUAGUACAGAUGGGGGAAAAGGAAAGACCAAACUGCUGUUAGAAAGAUUGAAGGCUCUGGAGGCAGAGAAUUCAGCAUUGGCUUUGGAAAAUGAAAAUCAAAGGGAGCAGUAUGAGAAGUGUCUUGAUGAGGUAGCCAACCAAGUUGUUCAAGCUCUGCUCACUCAAAAGGAUCUAAGAGAGGAAUGUGUAAAGUUGAAAACAAGAGUGUUUGAUUUGGAACAACAGAAUCGAACGCUAAGCAUCCUAUUUCAACAGCGAGCCAGACCAGCCUCUGAUGUGCUCCUCCAGGAACGCCAGCAGAAUGCAAAACCAAGAACCCCUGCCUUGAAAUGCUCUGGCUCAGGGCUUGUUGAGCCUGGACACCUCUGUCCUCGAAACAGUUGUAGCAGCAGCGACCUAUCACCGUCAAGCACCUGCAGCGAGUACUCCAGUGGUUCCUCCUACACAUGGCAUGAUGGGAAGCACCUUGGCAAAAGGCAGUCAUCACAGAACUGGGAUAAAAGACUAAGUAUUGACUCCUCGCUCCCAAGUGGCUUCACUAGUUCUGCAGAUGAACUUCCUCCCACUCGUAUCAAAGAGAGCCACAUUUUGGAAGGGCUGAGGAAGCUGCAGAGGAGAAGAGUGUUGCUUGAACCCCCAUCCAUGAUAACCAAGUGGGGCUAUAAAGAUUGUAUGAACUCAAAUGAAGGAAUAUAUUCUCCAGGAAUUAAGAGCAGCAGCCUCAAGGAAUAUCCUCCCUACAAACCACCUGGCACAGGAAGCCCCAGCAAGGAACCCCAUACCACCUUUGUCUAUGACACAGAUUCUCAUGAGGAGGCAGAUGACGACCCAUCUUCCCUAGCAUUGCAGCAAGCAGAUCCAAGCCAAGGCUGCAGGAUACCUGGCCGGAAGCUCACCCACAGUGUUUCUGACAGUCUGUUUGGCUUGGAGCUGCAUGGGAAACACUUGCUGGAAGGGACAUCUUCAGGUAAUAGCAGUGAAAGACCUGAAAGGCUUACUCAGUGCGUCAGCAACUGUCCCUUAGAGACGAAGAUGUACUCAAGUGUACACCAGCCUCAGGUCCAGAGAGAGAGGGAUGCUCACAGCCAAGGCCACAACCACAUGGCUCCCCAUGCCCAGCUCUCAGACACAGAUGAGAACGAAGCCCUGGAUGAGCUGCACAUAGAGAGCAGUGACGAGAGGAGCCCUUCAGACUCGUCACUGACGGCAGACACCGACAAGUCUGUGGAGAACCUGGACAUCCUUCUGGGAUUUGGAAAAUUGGAAUGUGGGUCUCAGGAGGAGGAUAAAGAACAACUGCCUUCUCAUUCAGAGAUCAGGCCAGCAACACUGGGCCUCAUUACGCAGCAUAGGGUUGUGAAGAGAACCUCUUCAGAAGAAUGUAUCACAGUGAUAUUUGAUGCAGAAAAUGGAGAGCCCGUUGAAUUCAGUUCUCACCAGACUGGAGUUGUAACUGUGACAAGGGCCGAAAUUUCCAUCAGCCCAGCCCUCACUGGGUCCACAGCAGAAAAUACUGAACUUUUACCUCAGGGAAUUACUUAUUUACAGACACAAGCCACCACAAAAGACUAUUCCUUCCCAGGCAGACCCAGAGAAGAAACUGAGAAAAACAUUCCAAGAGAUGAUGAAGGCAGUGUUGCUCUGGCUCUACCUGACUCUUUCAGCCCCAGGACUACAGCAAUUCAGAAUUCCCCACAUAUGAAGCUCACCAAACCAAUACACAGCAUGUUAUAUCAGAGUGACUCUAGGUCCUUGGCAUCCAUGGGCAUCUUUCAAAAGCAAGGCCUGACUAAAAUACCUGCCAGAGGCAAGUCAUCACCUCAGAAAUCAAAAACGACAGAGCCUGAAGCCUCUACAGUCCCUCCCUCCAGUAGUCCAGUGAAUCCUGAAAAAUCAACACCCUUCCCUAUAGGGAAACUCUCACAACGCACAAAGGCAGACAGCUCGGGGCCACUCUUUGACAGACGAGUAGAUCCACACAUUCCAAAGCAACCCACUCUGCUUUCUUAUGGUCCCAGAGUGUCCAACAAGAAAAAUUGGGCCUCAUACCUCAAGAAUCAGGUUCCAGAGGCUCGAUCAAGGCCUCUCCUCAGGCCUGAUGAUAGCAGGGAUACCCCUGUGAGGGACAAAAACUGUGGUUUGGGUUCAGAAUCAGCAGUGAGCUCUCCCUCCCUAUCCCCACCUCCAGGCAGGUCAGUCUCUCUAUUGGCUAGGCCCAGUUAUGACUACCCACCACCGAAAUCAUCUGCCAAACCUGAACCCAGGGUCCCCAGUGACACAGCAAAGACAGAGGUCAAGUCCCCUAAACUAAAAGGAUCCUUUGCCCCUGUGACUUCUUCCGGUCAGACUACUUCAGAAGUUCUAAGGAAGAAACCUGCUAUGGCCUUGAAAAAGUCCAUCUUUCCUUCCUGUCUACCCUCCACAGAAGUAUUAAUGCAUACCCAAUACCCUGACCACACCCCCUCUGGUUCAUGUGCCGUCAUAGCCCCAGGACCACAAAAGGUCUCUCCAAAAAGAGGUGUUCCCAAAGCCUCUACUCAGCAAACACUUGGGACCAUCCACCCGAACCGAGGGCUAUGGACACCUAAGACUUGUCCUUCAACCCAUGAGCUACUGGAGAUAGCAUCCUCCAAAAGCUUAUCUCCAAAAAGAAAAGGACUGUUGAAUGACAGUGUUCCCAUAUCCUGCCAGCCUUCCUUCUCAGGGACAUCAGAGUCACCAUCAUCUCAGGUUAACAGCCCCUCACCCUCAUCACAAUUGCCCUCCAAAAGUCACACCACAACACAAGACAGUCAAAACCCUCCUGAGAAAGUACUGAAAACCCGCCUCCCAGUAGGACUCAAACUCCUCAUGAAGUCUCCCCAGUUGGCCAGAAAAAGCUCCUUGGUGCCAGGCAAACAGGAGAAAGAUAGUUUAAACGAAGCCUCUAAAAGCUCUGUGGCUGUGAGCAGGAAUAAACCUGAGGACUCCAGAACUCCAGAAAGCCUGGAAACCACAGGUGAUGAGAGAAACACAAGCUUGCUAGAUUUACAAGCUGCAGUCAGUUUGACCAGAGGGAUUCCCCUAGCAAUGCCAGAGUCAUCAGAAAGUGGCAUCCCUGGGGCCGAUGGAGGAGAUGGAGUAGAAAACAGACCAGUGAAGAGAUCCUUCUCCUCUAGCAAGCCACACCUAAAACCAGCUCUAGGCAUGAAUGGUGCCAAAGCCCGGAGCCAGAGCUUCAGUAUCCACUCAGGAGACAAGCCUUCCAUACCUUCCACAGAGGGGCCAGGCAAAAUCCGAACUCACAUCAUCACCAACACUGCUGAGAGAGGUAAUUCUCUCACCAGACAGAACAUCCUCACAGAGGGAUCCCCAAGCAAGAGCCCUUCUGUUCCUGUAUCUGAGAAUAUACCUGAUACUGGGAGAAAUCUGGGACACUCCUUCUCAAGGCAAGGGUCCCUAGGCAGCACAGAGAGCUCCAGCAGCCAGCAUGGAAGCCCAAGCAAGCUGCCUAUGCGAAUCACCCCACGAUCUGAAGGGCUCUUCACCACACUUGGAAUGGAAGACCAACAGAUCUAUGACCAGGGAGAAGGCCCCAGGGUAGAUGUCCACGAAGAUCCCGGAAAUGACUAUGACAGGUGUCUGCUCAUUCCUACAAGUGGCACUCAAGUCUUGCAAGCCACAGGGAGGGUGGAACUUUCAAGCCAUUUGGGAACAAGCAGGAUAUCCAAGCUGGAAACAUCUGGAAGAAGUUCAGAUGUUUCUACCACUGAGACUAAUGCAGUGAGUCCAGAAGCCCCUCUCUCACCCUCAAUCGAAGAAAAGGUCAUGUUGUGCAUUCAGGAAAACGUGGAGAAGGGUCAAGUGCAAACAAAGUCCACUUCCAUGGAAACAAAGCCAAAGCCCGGGCCCUCUUUUACCAACUGGUUUGGUUUUCGGAAGAGUAGACUCCCAGCUCUCAGUAGCAGGAGAGUAGAUGCUUCCAAAACUAAAAUGGAAAAAAAAGAUGGAAAAGUCCUUGGGUUUGGAAACAAGCAACUCAAAUCAGAGAGAAAAAAGGAGAAAAAGAAGCCCGAAGAACAGCGCAAGACAGAAAAUGAGCUUAUCAGGGGUGCCAAGUCACCAGAAAUUCCAGAAAAUGGUUUACAAAACAAAAGGAAUCUGAAAGCAUCACAAGAUGUCUAUAGCCUCACAAAGUUUGAACCAAGAAGUAGACCCAGUGCUGCUGUGUGCUUAACAGAGGACACCUUUAUGACAGAACUGUUGAACAGAGUUGAUAAGAAAGGCACUCCACAGACAGAAAAUGGAUCAAAUAGUGUUUCCUGCAAGAGCAUGUUAAAGGGCACUUCCCAGGGCUCCUGUUUUGCCAGCAGCUCCAUCAGCAUUCAAGGAAGCCAAAAGAAAAUUAUCAAAGCCAAAGUCAAUGUGGAAAUACCAAGAGACUCCCUGGUGAAGAAUGUCAAUGAAGACUUACAAGAGAAUGAAGACGACAGAAUUGGAGAUUCUGCAUUUCAGAGCCAUGUCAUAGAAUCAAACUGCCUGAUGAGAACAUUGGACAGUGGAAUUGGAACCUUCCCCCUCCCAGACUCAGGAAAUCGCUCAACUGGACGAUAUAUAUGCCAGCCAGACUCCCCAGAGGAUCAUCAGCCCCUCUUGUCUCUCCAGCCAGCCCCUUCCACAGCAUCUCCUGCCAGAGCCCAAACCCUUGAACGAGAAGUGCCUUCUUCCACAGACAGCCAGCUUUCCUCAGACUCCACCAUUGUUCACUCCAUAUCUGACCCAAUUAUGACAGCCAGAGUGAAGCGAGUGCCACAGAGCCACCUACCCAAGCCCACCUCCUCAGGAAAAACCAUCUUCCAGAAGCUGAAUGAAGUGGAGUCAAAGCCUCAGAAUUGCUCAACAUACACAGAAGACCCCAUGACACGGGAGCCCCAUCCAGGUUGGAGGAGUGAGGCAGGCACUGUGGAGACCCAGGAGUUGAAGCAAGUUGAAGAAACAAAAGAAGCUCCUGGGCAUAAAUUAUCUAAAAUUUCCCUGGAGACAUUCAGCAAAUUUAACAGCAAUACUGUGAUUUUAUUAGAGAAAGAGAACUCUCCAAACAAAGUCGAAGGACAAAAGGAAGGGAAAGAAAAAAACGAAGAAGUAUCUUUGAGUAGUUCAGACCGACCCGGGGUGGACAACAUGGAGUCUCUGAGUGAUUCUUUGUAUGAUAGCUUCUCUUCCUGUGCAAGUCAAACUUCAAAUGAUGCAUGAAACUUCCCCUUCUUUUGGUGACACCUAAGUCAAGCAGGGGUGCUGGAUGUAGGGAGAAACAAGACACUCUUGCAAAUCCAGAUAAAUUCACAGCAGGCAACCCACCAGAGUUUAUUUCUCUGGCAGGGCAAUAAAGAGAGACCCUAUUUGUCACCUUUCAAGGGGAUUGAAAAUAGACUCCAUAUGGAAUUCUUAAUUUUGCACUUUUGCUUUGAAUAUUUGUACAGAAGUUGUAAAUUUUCUGGAAAAGAAAUUAUAUUUGUAGGGGGGAAAAAGGAUAGCAAUAAGCAGAAGCAGAGCCAUGCUCUUGAAAUGAUGUACUAAGUCUUAGAAGUUGAUAAUAUAUUUUUUUUAAUUCCAACUAAAGAAGUUGUGAUGAUAGCUGUCCCUCAUUCUCCAGUUAUUUGUGGGUAAACUGUAACCCUAAACUCGGGCCUGAGGGAAAGCUGCCUGGGGCUUGGUAAUCUCCACCUCGUGGUUUUGAUAGAAAAUUUAAUGAUAGCUCAAUGUCAAAAUUGUUGCCAGGGAGAUUCAAGUUGUAGUACCAUGCAUAGUGCCACCCUAGUGAAAAAUGACGUGUGGUCACUGACCUGGGGUAUGACAUGGACUGCAGAAGGAGUCCACAAAUCUCCUCUCUAGCAGGCUGAAGUUCCCUCUGACAUUCUCUUACAACCUCCUUAGUAUUUAUCUGUGAACCUAAAUAUUUGUUGAUUUUUAUCUUCCUGCUCUUUUUAUUAAAAGAUGGGUAGUCUGUUGGCCGUGUUCACAUUAUGAAGCUAAAAUGAAUGGUUGGUGCUAUGAAAAAUUUCUUACUUUUUAAUAUACUUUUUUCUAUAAAGUCUGUUUAUAUGUAAGGAUAAAUUCUAUUUUAAAAGUUAUGUGUAUUUUUUCUAGAGGUGAACUAUUUAUAAUUGCUUUGUACAGAGCGUGAUAGCUAGGCAUAGUACAGCUAUUUUCAGAUCUAUGUGGUUACUUUAGCACAACACUGUUUCUUUUGGAGUAUUGUGUAUGAUCAGUGUUAUGUUGUUUAUUUGUGCAAUUCGUAAUGUUUGAACUUUGUUAUCUUAAGUGGGAAUUAUGUAAAGCGUCCUUGUCUUUCAUGCUUUAAAGAAAGGUCAUUUUGUUUUAUUUCUGAAUAAAAGUCUAUCCCAGUUA